AUGGCAGUUGCAACAUAUGAUGUUGCUGCUUUGGUAUUAAAAGGUCCUGAUACCCCAUUAAAUUUCCCGGACUCAAUGUAUUCAUAUACUAUACCAGCUUCCCUAACAACAGCACACAUACGCGCCGCAGCUACAAAUGCUACUGCUGUUAGAGCGCCACAACUGGAAAGCGAAGAUGUGCGGCAUCAAGCAGAGUGCCAGCCUGAAGUUGGAGAUGAAGGAGCAAUGGGGCAAGAGUUUUUUUAUGAAGAGGAAGUGUUUGGCAUGCCAAGAUUGUUGGUUGACAUGGCAGAGGCAAUGCUUAUGACCCCUCCUAGGAUGAAGACGACGCCUUGCGAUGAGUUGCCUGAAUAUUCUGAUGCAUCAUAUACUCUCUGGAGUUACCCUUAA